AGACGACUGGAGUGACGGAGACGGUGACGAACGAGGACGUGGGAUCGGUGGCGUGUGAUCAUAUUUCAUCUGAACAAUCGGUCAAGGAGAAAUUGACGAACCAGUCCACGCUUGUUGUUCUGAGUCUUGCUGGCCAGAGUAAAGAAGAUUCGAAAAUGCGCAAGAUAAAGGUGGCUUCGUUUCGAUGGCCGUGGUUGGCGCAAUUCGUGAGAUUUUGUGAGAAGAUGGGAGUGGACAUCGAGAGUGUUCCCUCUACCGAGGUGCGUGAGCUUUCACGUGAGUUCUGUUCGAAGAGUUUCGCAAGCUUCAGCGAAAACCUAUAUGAAAGUGGCUCGUGGGAUGAAAAGCAAGCAGCUUGGAAUGUGUCCCAAACGUUGUCGGUUGAGUUCCCCGAGCUUGCUCUUCAUGACUUUGGUCUUGAGUUCGGACAGUACAAGCGCGUCUUGAUGAUCGAUGAAGUGGCCAGCGAGGACAAGAAGGUUUCAGACGUCACAAAUACGCAAGUUCUCACCUCCUUGCUGAAGAAAUCGCCUAAGCUAUCAGGUGGCUUUGAGAACGUGCUGAUUACGGAGGGCGGUGACACGGUGUUCUAUGGCUCGGCGAAGUCUCUCAUUGCAUUCUUCCAGGAGUUUGGAUAUGCCCGACCACAAAACAUCGAUGUCAGUGAGUUCUUGCUUGGCCUUAGCGGCAGUAGCAACCCUCAGUACCACGUCACUGUUGUUGAUCGAGCAAACGAAGAGAAGGAGAACCAGCACAUCCAAAAUCUUUCUUCCUUCGUGAGCUUCCCCGACGACACAGUUGUCUUGACUAGAACGAACCUUUCCGAGCAAGUCAAGAAGUCCCUUCCUGAUUACAACCAAAACGAAGACCACCAAGACAAAACAGCGAGAAUUCCUGUAACCGGUGAGCACAGCUCUGCCGCUCUGGCGGCUGCCGGCACGGUUGCGUUGAGCAGUCU